AUUGAAAUUAUUUAACGUUUUUGCGACGGACUUGCAUUGCUUUCAUCAUGCAUACUGAAAACGAUGACUCUAAUCGGGCAGAGAAACAAGGUAUAUUCUUGAAGAUGGAUGAUGUUGGGAGGUCCGGUGGAGCCAAAUAUGACUACUUGCUUUUUGAUUUGGAUGAUACUCUAUACCCCCUGAGCUCAGGUCUCAACUUGUCAUGCCGCAAGAACAUUGAAGAGUUCAUGCAGCAGCACUUACACAUAGAAGAAAGUAAGGUACCAAGGAUGUGCCUGGAACUGUACAGGGAAUAUGGGACAACCAUGGCCGGUCUAAAGGCUCUUGGUUAUGAAUUUGACAACGAUGAGUUUCAUUCACACGUCCACGGCAGGCUACCCUACGAUUCAUUGAAGCACGAUAUGGUGUUAAGGAACCUUCUGUUAUCGAUGCCCCAGAGAAAAAUAAUCUUCACUAACGCUGACAAGGCUCAUGCGGCUCAAGUUCUCAACAGGCUGGGCUUGGAAGACUGUUUUGAAGGCAUCAUAUGCUUUGAAACUCUUAACCCUCAUCACCUUGAACCAGUUGAUUGCAUGACAUCAGAUGACCAAAUGGUCCUCAUAGAACGGACACCAGAGGGCAAAGCCAAUUCACCAAUUCUCUGCAAACCCUCUGUGGAAGCAAUUGAAGCUGCUAUUCGUAUUGCAAAUGUUGACCCAAAAAAAACUAUUUUCUUUGAUGACAGUGCUCGAAACAUAGCAAGUGGGAAGGCAGCAGGACUUCAUACAGUCAUUGUGGGAAGUUCAGUACUAGUGCCUGGUGCAGAUCAUGCAUUGAGUAGCAUCCAUAACAUCAAAGAAGCAAUACCUGAGAUCUGGGAAGGGGAAGGGGGGCAACAACUAGAGCACUUUAUAAAGUCAACUGCUGUUGACACAGUGAUCCUUGCAUAGGUCUUCUACCGACUGUGUCACAGUUUCAGUCACCUUGGAAUGCAAUCGUCAGUCAAUGAAGUUUAGCAGUAAUUUGGCAAAAAAAAUUGAAUUAAGGAUCCUUACAACCAACUUAUUAUACAUCUUAUAAAACAAUAGAGUUCAACUGAUACCAUAUAAUUCGUGUAAUUGACUCCAUGUAGUUCUUUUCUAAAAACAUAGUGAUAA